AUGGCCCUCAAAUUCACCGACCAAAAGGACCGCCCCGCCGACCUGCAGAAGUCGCUCGACUCCACCAAAGUGACCUACCGCCGGCUCGGCAAGUCCGGUCUCAAGCUCUCGCUCCCGAUCCUGGGUGCCAUGUCCUUUGGCCACAAGGACUGGCAGCCUUGGGUGGUGGACGAUUUCGGUGCUGUCGAGGAGCUGUUGCUGGCGGCCUAUGAUCGCGGGCUGAACACCUGGGACACGGCCAACGUCUACUCCAACGGCGUCUCGGAGCAGAUGAUCGGCGACGUCAUCACCAAGAACAAGAUAGACCGCAAGAAACUGCUCCUCCUCACCAAAUGCUACGGCACCGUGGGCGAGAGCCCCGCCGCCAUGCACAUCCGCUACCCGGAGAUGAAGACGACCAAGGACUACGUCAACCAAGGCGGUCUCUCGCGCGCUGCCAUCUUCAACGCCGUUGACGCCAGCCUGAGCCGCCUGCAGACAGACUACAUCGAUUUGCUGCAGAUCCAUCGCUUUGACUACGAUGUCCCCGUCGAGGAGACGAUGAAGGCGCUGCACGAUCUGGUCAGUUCUGGGAAGGUGCGCUAUAUCGGCGCGAGCUCAAUGUGGGCGCACCAAUUCCAAGAGAUGCAGACCGUCGCGGCCACGCACGGCUGGACGCAAUUCGUCAGCAUGCAAAACCACUAUUCCCUCUGCUACCGCGAAGAAGAGCGCGAGAUGAACGCCUACUGCCACAAGACGGGCGUCGGCCUCAUCCCCUGGGCACCCUUGUACCGGGGCCACCUCGCCCGCCCGUUGGACUCAGAGUCCACAACCCGCAACGACGUCUCCAAGGAGGCAGGCACCAAGAUGGACGCCGAGAGCAUGACGAGCGAGGACCGCGAGAUCGUGAAGCGGGUGCAGGAGCUGGCGGGCAAGAAGGGGUGGGCCAUGAGCGUGGUGGCGUUGGCGUGGAUCGUGCAGAAGGGCACGAUCCCCAUCGUGGGCUUCAGUAAUGUCAAGAGGUUGGAUGAGGCCGUGGGCGUUAAUGGCAAGGAAUUGACCGAGGAGGAGAUGAAGUGGUUGGAGGAGCCGUAUCGGCCGAAGGCGAUUGUUGGGCACUCGUGA